ACCCAGGCCUCGGCCAUGGCCUCUCUGCUCGCCAAAGACACCUACCUGCAGAGCCUGGCGAGGAAAAUCUGCGCCCAGCCCGGGCCCGAGCCGCGGAAGCGCACGUGGGCUGGCAAAACUAAAGGCCCAGAAGCUGCUGGACCCCCAAAAAAGAAAAAGAAGAAAAGGCAAAAGAAAUUCCAGGAGCAGAAGGAACACACUGCUGAGCACAAGAUCAAGUCCGUGGAGAAGAAGUCUCCAGUGGCAUCUGGGACCAGGAGGCCAGAGGCAGCCAAAGAGAAGGAGGCUUCCGGCUCCCAUAGGGCUCCUGCAGAUGGCCCGGCCAAGGAAUCCGACUCUCUCUUUGCCCUGGACUUUCUGCGCCAGCGACUGCACGAGAAGAUCCAGGCGGCACGGGGCCAGGGCGGUGCCAAGGAGCUAUCCCCUGCCACCUUGGAGAAAAGGCGCCGGAGAAAGCUGGAGCGGGACCGGAAGAAGCGGAAGCGAAAGGAACUGCGCACCAAGGAGAAGGUGGCACAGGUCGUGGAUGCUGGGGAGGCUGCCGCACCCACUCCUGACGAGACCCCCAAGGAGUCACAGGAGCCGCCGGGGCUAAUCUUCAACAAGGUGGAGGUGGGUGAGGACGAGCCUGCCAGUAAGGCGCAGCAGAGAAAGGAGAAGAGGCAGAAGGUCAAGGGGAACCUCACCCCGCUAACCGGGAGAAACUACCGGCAGCUGCUGGAGCGGCUGCAGGCGCGGCAGAGCCAUCUGGACGAGCUGCGGGACCAGGACGAGGGGAAGGCACAGGAACUGGAGGCCAAGAUGAAGUGGACCAACCUGCUGUACAAGGCGGAGGGCGUGAAGAUCCGCGACGACGAGCGCCUGCUGCAGGACGCCCUGAAGCGCAAGGAGAAGCGCCGGGCACAGCGCCAGCGCCGCUGGGAGAAACGCACGGCCGGGGUGGUGGAGAAGAUGCAGCAGCGCCAGGACCGGCGGCGCCAGAACCUGCGCAAGAAGAAGGCGGCCCGGGCGGAGCGCCGCCUGCAGAAGGCCCGCAAGAAGGGCCGCGUCCUGCCGCAGGACCUGGCGCACGCUGGCCUCGCCUGA